AUGUCGUCUCUUGGGAUUGCCGCCGCCAUGGCCGUCGCUUCCGCCGUUCCUCCUCUCUCCGCUAGCACCGCCUUGACUUCCAAGACAUCGCUUCCCUCGCAGCAGCGCAUCACAGCGCCACGCCAGCGCGCUAGCUUCGCGUCUCCUUCUGCCACGUCAUCACCACAACCACCACCACCACCACCACCACCACCAUCAUCACAUCGUCAUCAUCAUCAGCAGCAGCAGCAGCAGCAGCAUCACGGGAGCACCACAUAG